ACAAACAAACUUGUUUGAGAGGAGGGGGCGUGGCAGGGAAGGAUGCGAAACCCUGUUCUCCUGCUCUACUUCUGGUGCGUCUAUUGUUGCUUCCCGGCGGGAAGCCUCACAACCUUACGUCCCCAGGGGUCGCUGCGAGAUGAACAUCAUAAACCCACUAGAGUACCAGCUACUGUCAAACCCUCUGUGGCUUUUAACAUCCGCACUUCCAAGGACCCAGAACACGAAGGGUGCAAUCUCUUCCUUGGUGACAACCAACUCUUGGAAGACUGUGGCUUCAACAUGACAGCCAAAACCUUUUUCAUCAUUCAUGGAUGGACGAUGAGUGGCAUGUUGGAAAAAUGGCUGCACAAACUUGUGUCAGCCCUGCAGACAAGAGAGAGAGACGCUAAUGUGGUGGUGGUUGACUGGCUGCCCCUGGCUCAUCAGCUGUACAUAGAUGCGGUCAACAACACCAGGGUGGUGGGGCAGAGAGUGGCUGGGAUGCUUGACUGGCUGCAGGAGAAAGAAGAGUUUUCUCUUGGGAACGUUCACUUGAUUGGCUACAGCCUUGGAGCCCACGUGGCUGGAUACGCUGGCAACUUUGUGAAAGGAACAGUGGGUAGAAUAACUGGUCUGGAUCCUGCAGGACCCAUGUUUGAAGGGGCGGACAUCAACAGGAGGCUCUCUCCUGAUGAUGCAGACUUUGUGGAUGUCCUGCAUACCUACACACUCUCCUUUGGCUUGAGCAUUGGGAUUCGAAUGCCUGUGGGUCACAUUGACAUCUAUCCUAAUGGUGGUGACUUCCAGCCGGGCUGUGGAUUCAAUGAUGUCUUGGGAUCUAUUGCAUAUGGAACAAUCACAGAGGUGGUGAAAUGUGAACAUGAAAGAGCCGUACACCUUUUUGUUGAUUCUCUGGUGAAUCAGGACAAACCGAGCUUCGCCUUCCAGUGUACAGACUCCAACCGCUUCAAAAAGGGCAUCUGCCUCAGCUGCCGGAAGAACCGUUGUAAUGGCAUUGGCUACAACACUAAGAAGAUGAGGAAGAAGAGGAAUAGCAAAAUGUACUUAAAAACCCGGGCUGGCAUGCCUUUCCGAGUUUACCAUUAUCAGAUGAAAGUCCAUAUCUUCAACUACAAGAACAGUGGAGACAUCCAGCCUACCUUCUACGUUACCCUGUAUGGCAGUAAUGCAGACUCCCAGAAUCUGCCUUUGGAAGUAGUGGACAAGAUUGGGCUGAAUGCCACCAACACCUUCCUGGUCUACACUGAGGAGGACUUGGGUGAUCUCUUGAAGCUCAGACUUACCUGGGAAGGGAUAUCUCAUUCCUGGUACAACCUGUGGAAUGAGUUCCGCAGCUACCUGUCUCAACCCAGCAACCCCUCAAGGGAGCUGCAUGUGCGAAGAAUUCGUGUCAAGUCUGGGGAAACCCAGCGCAAACUGACAUUUUGUGCUCAAGACCCUAAGAAGACUAGCAUCUCUCCUGGCCAAGAGCUGUGGUUUCACAAGUGCCGGGAUGGCUGGCGAAUGAAAAAUGAAACCAGUCCUUUUGUGGAGCUGCCCUGAGGGUUCAGGAAGUCCUGAAGCCUGCACCCACUCACACCCCACUGUCCCUGCACACGGAGGAAAGUUACUGCUGAAGAUGCACUUGACGGAAGACCUCAGCCUUGGAGCCCUAGGAGGCGCUUACUCGUUGGGCUCAGCUUGUUUCCCGUGACAACCGUGACUUCUCCCAGGCCUGUGCCCUGCUGAAGUCCUAGUGAUGAUCCUUACUCCAAACUUCUGUUGAUCCCUCAGGAAGCUGUGUGUGAGCACUGGAAUGUCCAAAGCCCUGGUGUACUCUGGGCCAUUGUCACUGUUGUUCGGUGAGCCCUGGCUUUGUUUAACCACAGGGAACACCGGCUCUGUGUGGAAGGUUGGCAGCUGCUUGCCCUCGCUGAACUGUAGUGACAAGUCCCUCAAGAGCUGACUCCUACCCCAGUGACAGACCUGUUACUUAGAGAGGGGACAAGAGAUCAGGCUGGUGCUAAUGUCCUACUGUAUUCCUCUGUGAGACUGAUGGAUCCUGGUUCUAAUUGGGUAUCCCAUCGUGCUCCCCAGCUCACCUUCUGAAGCUCACACUGUUGGCAAUUUUCUUUUUAUAUCAUUCAUACUCAGAUUGAGCAGUUAUUGGGCAUUUCAACUAGUUAGCACAGGGCAGUAGACACAGUAGACACAGGACUCAAUCUUUGCGUUUGGGGCCAGUGGGAUCAGGAUCUCUGCCCAUUGGCUCGUGGGUUAUACAUGUGGUUAAAGACAGACAAGGCCGAGGGGAGAGCUACAAGCUAAAAGAGCUGGGGCUCUGAUGCCUUUUAUGUGUCAUUUCCUCUAAGGGCCAUGCUUGAUCACUAGCAGAGCAGCAAGCAGAAAACCACGCAUGGUGGUCACAGUGGUGGACAAAGUCUCCACUGUUGAGAGAGCUAGGCAGUACUGAGUGUGUUCCACAUACCUGCCGUGCAGAAACCGGCUGCCAUGGACAGAGCUGGCAUUGAGCUCUGACACCGUGCUCUUUCUUCUGUGAAAUGGCUAGCUUUCAUAUCAGUGCCAUGUGUGUGUUAAGCUCCUGGGAGAAACCUCCUGUUCUAGAUCUUAAUGUGAACUCAUACAUGUGAUACCUGAGACACCCUUCUGUAGUUUCUAGACAGCUUGCAUGUGUGUCACCUAAUCAGAGUGCAGGAAAGCUGUUAUUCUUGUUUUGUGAAAUCAAGGCUUAGCGAAAUCCAGCUACCUGCCUAGAUACUAUAUCAAGGUGUCGGUGGGGCCAAGCUGAGGAUUCCGUGAGGUUUCCUGGAGGUGAAGUCCAGGAAAUCCCCUCUGCCACUCCACGAAAAUGUCUGCAACUAUUUCCUAUCAGUAUGUUUGAUGUGACAAACGGGAAUUUUUUUUUCAGAGCUAUCCGUAGAAUCCAAACCCUUUCAUUGAUAUACAAACAGAAGAAUGCCUGAGAGAAAGGCUGAGUUUUUCUGGGUGACCGUCGGCUGGGGUGGGAGAGCAAUCACUCUCUGUGUUUAGGCUUUCAAUGGACAUUCUUUAUAUCUGUACUGUACCAAAUUCAUAUCACUGUUUAAAGACAAACUCCCAAAGUCUUAACCAGUUCAACCUUAGUGCAAAGAGCUCUCUCUGGCCCUCAAUGUGCUUCUGCGACUGCUUUCUAACCAAAGCAGAGCUUGUUAUUGGCCACACAUCCCGGUGACUUCCGGCUUCUGUGUUUAGUAAUGGAAGCUUGGAAAACUGAACCCUCUGUGAGUUGUGUAUUUAUCUAUUUGGCUUGAAGCCUUGUUUGUAUAUCUGAUGCUUUUUUAAAAUGCUUGGACCAUUAUUUAUUUCCUAAGUGUAUAUUAUGUGUAAAGACAAAUAUAUGGCUAGGUUUUACUUUAAGAUUAACCCAUUUCAAAAUUUAAAAAAAGUUUAAUAGUAAAAUAAUAAAAACUAUACAAUUCUUAA